AUGAAUGGAGUUGAGAAGGCAUUUAAGGCAAAAUUUGACAGGCUAUAAUAAAGGAUCAAGAAAAUUAAAGAAUAAGAAGUAAAAUAUAACAUCUUCUAUGGAAUAAAUGUACCAGCAUAAUGCUUAUCUCAAAAAGAUAAACUGAAUGACAUAGCAAAUGAAAAAUUAUUUGAAGUGGAGAAUUUCAGCUUGAUUAAAGAAAUGAAGAAAAAACUCGAAAUUUUGAAUUAAUAGGAUUAAAAUGAUUCAGUAUCAAUUGAGAAGCAAAAGUAAUUGAAACUUAUUAAGUUAUAGAAUGACUAGUAAAUUGUCGAGUUUGAGUAAAUAUAUUAAGAUGAAGUUGAUGAAAUAAGCGAAUCUUAAUAAAAGCGUAGAAGAGGUAGACCAAGUAAGUAUGAGCUUGAAAGAAGAUAGUAAAUUAAUUUGUAAAGUGUUAAUCAGUUUACAGAUACUUACCCCUACAAUGAAGAUUCUUUUGUUCAUAAUUCUCAAUAAAUUUAACACACAUCAGGUCUUCUCUCUAGUCUAAUGACACUAAAUCAAGAAAAUAUAAAUUUUGGCUUAACUUAAACUGCAGCAUCUGGAUGUGGCUUAUUUUCAGCAGUAGAUCAAAAUUUCAAGAUGACUAAGGGAACUCGCUAACGUAGAUAAAAAUAAUUCAUAGUCAAUGAUUCUGUUUCUUGCUCAAGUGAGCCUUGUUCAGGGAAUAUAAGUAUGGCUGAAAUAAGCAUAUAAGAUUAAAUAUAUUCAGCAUCCUCAAAUACAACCACUAAGAGUUCAUUUAUGGAUAUCGAUAGCUAAGGUAAUUAUCCUCACCCAAAAUAAAAGUAAAAAAGAGAAAAAUUGAAAAAAGAUCCUGCCAGUAAGUAUCUAAGGGUUGACUUGAAGACUGAAAGAGUGCUGAGGAAGCGAAAUAGGAGAGUAAACUAUUGUAUAAAAGAUGAGGAUGAGGAUGAUGAAAGUCAUUAUUGA